GGUGUACACUGUGUCGGGAAAUCACUGUGGUUUCGUGGUGUUGUGAUGGCAGAUGAGCAUCUACUUCCAACAAGAUCUAAAAGUUCGCUUGCAUCAUCAAGUCGCGGCAUGAGGUACGGAAGCAGAGCACCGCCAUUCCUUAUCUUUGGUCUAGUCUUUGUUAUAUGUAUUCUGGGAUUUAGCUAUUGGAGCUUGCAAUCCACUAACGCAUCAAUACAGACUGAUCUCAUUGACGGUCAGCAGAGAGUGCGAGACUGUGUGUUGAAGAAGGGUGCUGCCGAAAAACACAAUGAAGCACUGAAGAGAAAGGUGCUGGAUACAGAGACGACUCUAGACACUGAAAAGACAGGCCGGAAGAAACUGGAUCGCGACUUGAGCGUGCUAAGCAAGGAGCAUGACGAUGUCAAACGAAACUAUGAACAGUGUCAGCAGAACAGUAGAUUUGAGAUGGAAAACCUUCAGACGCAAGUGGAUCUUUGUCACGAAAAUAAUAGCAACCUGACUACUGAGAUGCAGAAUCUUGAAAGGAAGUAUGACGAUGAAGCUGUUAACAGUCGGAAAGUAAUAGAAGAUUACAACCAAUUGCAAGUUUCGUUUAACCAAAUAAGCAAGGAACUAGAACAGUAUCAGAGAGCUUAUCAAGACCUACAACAACAGCAGGAACAGCAGCAAGAACUGCAGCAGCAACAAGAACAGCAGCAGCAACAAGAACAACAAGAAAAACAACAGCAGCAGCAGCAAGAGCAACCAGACAUACAGCAACCUCCUCAAGUUGCCAACCCAGAUCAGUCGCAAGUAAACGAGAUCAAGUCAGCUGACGAUAAGUCUAACGAAAAUCCGGAGCAGGUGUGGAACGCUGGCCAGGUAGAUGGAGUAAAGCUACCACAGGUGGGAAACGCUGGCCAGGUAGAUGAAGUACAGCCUCCACAGGUGGGAAAUGCUGGCCAGGUAGAUCAAGUACAACCACAACAGGUGGCUGGCCAGGUAGAUGAAGUAAAUCCUCCACAGGUGGGAAAUGCUGGCCCGGUAGAUGAAGUACAGCCACAGGUAGGAAACCCUGGCCAGGUAGAUGAAGUACAGCCUCCACAGGUGGGAAAUGCUGGCCAGGUAGAUGAAGUACAGCCACAGGUGGGAAACCCUGGCCAGGUAGAUCAAGUAAAACCACAGGUGGGAAACCUUGGCCAGGUAGAUCAAAUAAAUCCACCACAAGCAUGGAACGCUGGCCAGGUAGAUCAAAUAAAUCCCCCACAAGCAUGGAACGCUGGCCAGGUAGAACAAAUACAGCCAGCAGAGGCAUGGAACGUUGGCCUUGGACUAGCACGGCCAGGUCAUGUUCAGCAGCAACAGAAGGAACCAGAAGUUGGGCCGCAGCAGCAGCAGCAGCAAUUCGAACGAGAGGCCGACGACAGGGUUGAGGCUCAGGAACAGCUAGCGUUGCAACUGGCCGAACAGCAGGCGGCGUUACAGCGGGAGAAGAAGUCCGAGGGAGAGGAGCAGCGGGACGCCGUCGUAGCGGUCCCAGACGAAGCCGCCCACCAGAUGCAGCCCCCGGGAGGAGGAGAAGUUGAGGUUGAGGAUGAGGAAGAUGAUGGUCAGGCGAAUGACGAGGGAGGGCAGCCCAAUGUCAUCCCUAAACCCGGAGAUGACGGUAACAACAACGAACGAGACGUGAAUGACGAGGAGGAAUACGAGCAGGAUGAUGAUCAUGCUGCUAAUGAUGACGAGGUUGGUGGUGAUGGGCAUGAGCAUGAUGAGAGGGCAGCACUGCUGCGCGCCGCCAAAAACCUGCCGCGCGGACAGCACCAGGAUCGCUUCCAGGAGGAGGCGGCGGCGGCGGCGGACGACGAAUACCGCGGCGGCGGCGGCGGCAUGCACCGCAACAUGGACCACGACUUUGCGCAGCGAAACCGCUUCGACCAACUACGAUAAGCGAGCGCUCGCUUGGGGGGUGGG